CGAGAAGAAGCCGCGCGCUGAGAAGGAGGGUUUCAGCGAGAUACACUUACCUGAGUGCGGUUUAUAAUUAACGCUCACAAUUAUUCAUUAAAAACCUUUCUUUACAUCGCCAUGGACUGUCGGAAAGAGGGCUGCGCUCAGCCACAAGACGAGGACAUCAUGGAUAUCCCACUGGACGACCCUGCCGCUAACAAGGCUGCCACUAAGAUCCAGGCUGGCUUCCGGGGUCACAUGACUAGGAAGAAGAUGAAGGAUGACAAACCACGAGAAGAGAAACAAAGGGAUAAGAAGUAGCGUGAGACGACAUCCACUGCCGCCCUGACAGUUUUCCACACAUCACUGCAAUAACCAGAGGUUGAAGAGAAACUUUCAGUGUAUAAUAUAUACAAGUGUAAACUUAGAAACUAAGCCUGGAUCAGUGACCUUUCACUCCUCCUCCGCUCCUGAUAGAGUUUGGACAGUAGUCUGUGGCGCACGAUAGCCCCUCAGCAUGUUAUAUAGCUUCUGUGGAAAGUUUCAAUUGAAUUUUUUUGUUCAUAUCGCUUUCAGUGAUUAACGUUUUUGGUUUAAAUACUCUGUCGCUUCUAAUAAUACAAGCAAAAACGUAUACUGAUUUUAUUUAUUUAUUUAUUUAUUUAUUUAUUGCUCACACCCGCCUGUACUCUUUCAGUAGAAGUAUGCAUUUAUUACAUCGCCUUUUCUAGUGUGGUUUUGUUUUUGCCUGUUUAAUAAAGCAAAAAAAAAAAAAAUUUAAAAAAUGGCUCAGAUUCAGUGCUGUCAAGGUGUUCAUUGUACAAAAUUCCCUUAAACCAUUAUGAAAUGUAUUUUUUAUUUGUUCCACAUUAAUGUUUUUCACACUUUUGAAAACUUCAAUCAAAACCAAAACACAAGUUGU